GGCAACGAAAACCAGUUCAACGUGGAUCUCGAACAUUUUACAGCGUUAAAAUUUCAAAUAUUUCGUUUGCAAAGAAAAAAUUAAAUGCAUAUAUGGAAAUUAAAAUAAAAUAUAUACAUAUAUAUCUAUUGAAAUGCAUGACGCGCGUUGAGCUAAGAGUAUAUUGUAUUUGAAAAUAGUUGAGCUUGAAAAAAAUAUUAAUAAAACAUGCUCAUUGUGCAAAGUGUGCAAAUAAUCAGAGAUUAAAAUUAAAUAUAAAAAGAAACAAUUAUAAAGUGAAAACUGGCAAAACCGGUUGAUAGUUACAACAACGGCAAUAAAAGUGACUUAUUGCUGGAAAAGAAGAAAAAUAGUUGAAGAAUUUAAACAAAAAAAAAAUUAAAAAAACAACACUGAAAAGUGCAUACAGUGCGCAACUACGUGGAGAGUAGUUGAAAAAAGUUGAAAAAAAAUUUUAACAAUAUAAUUAAAAAGAAAACAGUUUACUGAAAACACAAUAUAUUAAAAAAAAUUACCUGUACAUAAAGUUAACGGUGUAGUAACGCUAAAACAUACAGUUUUAUAUAAAUAUCUACAUACAUAAAUAUCAUCAACGCAAAAAGAAGAAAUUUUUGCGCAAACUUCCGGACUCCUAACUGUUGUUAUAUGGAAACUAUGACUUCAACACUGCUGCAACAACACGCUACACAAACAGCAACAACCACAACAGCUCACCAUUAUCAGCACCACCAUCACCAACGUCAUCAUCACCAUCAUCAGCCACAACGCAAAUUGCAUUCGGGGCAUCAUCAUACGACGACGACGACGACGACCACACAAGCCGCCGCUGCUGCGACUGUAGCUGCCGCCGCCAUGGCUUGGUCGACUGAAAAAUUACGUUUCUCCUGUGUGGAUAAUAUUGGCUUGAGACAGUUGUGGAAAUUAAUUGCAUUGGAUAGCAGCAGCAGCAGCAGCAGUAGUAAUGGUAGUGGUAGAACUGCCAACAACAACAACAGUAAUAACAACAGCAGCAGUAAUGGCGUUAGCGACAGUGUAAUUAGCAAUAAUAAUUGCACUAUUGAGAAUGUACAGCAAUUGCAACAACAGAAUGGUCUUAGCAGCAACAAUGUCAACAACAACAACAACAACAACAGCAAUAAUAAUAAUGAGAAAAACGAUUUUGAAAAUUAUAUGACCGAUUAUUUGAGUCAACGUGAUAUACUACCCGCGCCACAUCGCAUGUCAUUAUUAAAAUUUCUGGCCAUUAACGCACUGGAAUUAAGCGCACCAGCAACGCCUGCACUUUUGGUACACAAUCAAACCAAUCAGCAUUUUAAUACAAACGUUAAACCGCCAGGUUGGAUGCAAUUAUCCGGGCACCCAGAAAGUAUUCUUCCCACAACUGCAGGCAUUGUACGCAAACGCGUUGCCAAUCUCACUGACAAUGAGGUGCUCGCUUAUAAAAUGCUUACACAAGAACCACAAACCGCCAAAAUUGUACCACAAUUUUAUGGUGCGCAAGAAGUUAAUGGCGAUUAUUUUAUAGAACUUCAGGAUCUCUUGACUGGUUUCAAAGAUCCAUGCGUUAUGGAUAUCAAAAUGGGUUGUCGCACAUUUCUCGAAUCGGAGGUGACUAACAAGACACUACGUUCCGAUUUGUAUAAGAAAAUGGUAGCGGUCGAUCCGCUCGCACCCACACCCGAGGAAGAGGAAGCUCAAGCUAUUACCAAACUACGCUAUAUGCUUUUCCGCGAAUCGAUGUCAUCAUCUCAAUCGAAGGGCUUCCGCAUAGAGGCUUUGAGACUGCGUGGACGUCCACCUGUUAAGGAUCUUAAGACGGUACGCAAUAGCGAUCAAAUUACACAAACAAUUGAGCAAUUCCUCGGCGCAAAACGUUCCGUGACAAAAGAGCUCAUCAAGCGCUUAAAGCAGAUGCGUAUGAUUAUGGAAAAAUCAACAUUCUUUCAACGUCACGAAAUUGUUGGCUCCAGUAUCUUUAUUGUUUAUGAUGACGAUAAGGUUGGCGCUUGGCUAAUUGACUUUGCCAAAUCGCGACCUCUGCCGGCAGGCGUAAAUGUUAAUCACCGCGCAACCUGGAUACCCGGCAACUGUGAAGAAGGCUUACUCAAAGGCAUGGAUGAGUUAAUCAAUGCGUUUGAAAAUGUUUAUGCGAGUCAUGGCAGUCGGAAAUGUUUACAAAUCUAAUAUGUACACCACACAACACAUUAAAUGCAGCUGUGCUGCUUAACUAAAUUACAAAUAGUUGGUAGAGAAGCGUUGACGCUUCGUUAUACAUACAGGGGGAGAUUGAAAUAUGAAAAGCAAACAUAAAACAAACAAAUUGUUUGUUUAUUUUCCUUAAUCGAAACUUAUAUUAAUUGCAUACUUCAUUAUUGUGUUUAUACUGCCAUAAGACUGAUUUGCAUUGCAUGCAUUUAAAUGAUAGAUAAAGCUUCGCCACUCACGCCCUUCAUUCGCUACUAUUACGAAUAUUAUAUUUUAGUAUAUUACAUUUAUUUCAUGUUUAUAUUUUCCAUAUUGGAAACCGUCUUUAUCAUAAAAACUGUUAAAAAAUCAUUAGUAUACAUACGAGUGCAUAUUUAAAGUGGACUUUGUCGUCAAAGAUUUUGUUAUUAGAUAUGUAUGUACAUGUAAAUAAAUAAAAAGUAUUUUUCUAAACUUGUAUACUCAUUUUUUUUUCAAAAAUUUGUAAAUAUGAAAAUCACAUAUUCAUAAUUUUUCAACUGAAAUCGAAACAAAAACAGGAACUACUGCUUUAGUAUACUUAAUUAUACAAAUCAAAAUGCUGUAUGUAUGUCUAAAGCAUUUGACAGCUGUCAUAUUACAGGCAAGAAAGUUACUUAAUACAUAAUUAUGUAAUUCUAUACGUGUUUAGCAAUUUAAGUCUUAAUAUUACGAACUUUUUAUAUAAUUAAAAAAGGAUGUGACGAAAUGAGUAUAAAAUAAAAAUAAAAAAUA